AUGUUUUUAGCAGACGUUUCUUACUCACCCUCCACCAACCCUCCCUCUCUCACCCCACCUUUCACCAACCCUCCCUCUCUCACUUCACCCUCCACCAACCCUCCCUCUCUCACCCCACCUUCCACCAACCCUCCCUCUCUCACUUCACCCUCCACCAACCCCUCCUCCCUCCAUGUGCCUCCUCUCUUUUUCCAACCAAUGGCUUCUCCCAAAAAAAUCCAGCGGUUACGAAUGUUUCCUGGAAGUUUUUCAGACAUGCUCAGGCACAUCCCUGUAUCGCGAUUCAGAGUGAGUGGUGACCCGUGGUACCAAGAGAUUGUAGUGCGGUAUAGAGCAAGGAGAACGGAGGAGGAGAGGGAGGGGGUGCGAGAGAGGAAUGAGAGGGGGCAUGGGGGCGAGGAGGAGGCGGGUGGAGUGGCAGCAGUGGGUGUGGGAAGGGAAGAGAGUCGAGAGCAACAGGGGCAGCAGAGGGAGCACGGGAGAUCACAGCAAGGAAGGCAGCAACACAUGUUGGGCCUGUGGUGGAGCGGGUGGGGAAGAGGGGGGGAGGGAGGGAGAGGGCGUGAGGAGGGGAGGGGGCUGGAGAGGGGGAGAAGAAGGCACGGGCACAGGAGGCAGCGCAGGAGGGAUGGACCAAAUAUGGAGAUGAGUGUUCUCGAGCGUUCUCCCAGUCGGUCGCGGGUGUCUUCCGCAGGCUUCAGUCCGCCUGCCUGCGGAGAAGUCGACUUAGGUGAUGUGCCGUCGUGGCCCGGUAGGAAGGAUGCAAGGCGGACUUCCCGGGAGUUGAGUGACGGUGGUGGUGCUGGCGGUCCCUUCAACGUGUUCCCUGCACAGUCCUAUCUCAACGUUCUCAACUUCAACAUCCCACUGCCUCGCCUGCCCCAGCUGCCCUUCCCCUUGAAGGACAAGUUAAAGGACAAAUUCAAUAAGUUCCAUAAGUCGCCUCCGCCCUCCCCUCCUCCUCCGUCCCCUUCCCCUCCUCCUCCCUCUCCCCCUCCACCCAAGAAGAAGUCCCCUCCCCCUCCCAAGAAGUCCCCCCCUCCUCCUGAGAAAAAGUCGCCCCCUCCUCCCGAACACAAGUCGCCCCCGCCGCCCGAGCACAAGUCGCCCCCGCCGCCCAAGCACAAGUCGCCCCCGCCGCCCAAGCACAAGUCGCUCCCGCCGCCCAAGCACAAGUCGCCCCCGCCGCCCGAGAAGAAGUACCCCCCUCCGCCCGAGCACAAGUCCCCCCCUCCGCCUGAAAAGAAGUCGCCCCCUCCCCCCAAGCACAAGUCACCCCCUCCCCCCGAAAAGAAGUCGCCGCCGCCGCCCGAACACAAGUCUCCCCCGCCACCCAAACACAAUUCUCCUCCUCCGCCCGAGAAAAAGUCCCCUCCUCCGCCCGAACACAAGUCACCCCCUCCCCCCAAGCACAAGUCCCCUCCUCCCCCUGAGAAAAAGUCGCCCCCGCCGCCCGAACACAAGUCUCCUCCUCCACCCAAGCACAAAUCGCCCCCUCCGCCCGAGAAAAAGUUGCCACCCCCGCCUGAGAAGAAAUCCCCUCCUCCGCCCUCUCCCUCUCCUCCUCCUCCUCCCCCACCCCGCAAGCCGUCCAAGAAGGACCAUCUCAUCAUCAUCCUCCUGAAAGGCGCGGCAGUUCUGGUGCGCAAGGCACAUGGCAUCCUCCCCCCUGGUAACGACUCUCAGAAGGAGGACCUCAGGGAUGUGGUGAAAGCACUGGGUGAUGCAGAGGUGCUGAUUAAUGAGGGGAGGCGGGAGUUGGUGCGGGAGCAGCUGGAUAAUAGUGUUGCGACUUUGGAGGAGGUGGGGGGAGAGCUGCAGGGCGGGUGGGUGCAGGAGCAAGCUGCAGGGGGGAUGAUUGGGCUGGCUCGAGUCGAAAUCAUGAAAGCCCAGGCGCUGUUUCAGGAGUGA